CAUGUCUUCCUGCUGCCAGUGGGGGAUGGGGAAGGGUCACUGCCUGGCCUUGGUGGGCUGGAAUGGCUGGGAACUGCCACCCCCGGGCCAGGUGGCCAGGACUGAGCAUGGGUGACAUGGGGGCUCUGGCACAGCUCAGGCCUGGCAGGCAGACUUUUCCCCCCUGGCCUGCCAGCCAGCCUGGUGAGAACUGCAUAGGUUUCUGUUGGCCAGGUGCCCCGGGGCAGCCCCAGUGGCUCUGACGAGCCACCACCUAACCCCCUCCAGCAUGUCCGGCCAAGCUGGCCUAGUUAAUCCCUCUGUGGGCAGGCACCAGCUGCCCAGAAAGGAAUGUGGCCUGCUGUGCCCAGCCCUGCCCAGCCUCCCAGCAAUGACGAAGGGGCCCAGCUCGGCCCACUGCUGCGGUUGGGAGCAUUGAGGCUGAGCUGUCUGCGGCCUGCACAGGCUUCUUAAGGAGGUGGGGUAGGGAGGCCUGACCAGAACUGGGAGGGACCCUCAGGGCAGGGCUGGCACCACUUGGUCCUCUGGAGCAUCUCUCUUUAAAGAAAUGUGUCAAGCUGGUUGGGGGAUCAGCCCUCAUGGGCCAGGCCAGGUGGUACGAGGGCGGGAAGACAGAUGACAGCCCUGUGUGGUCACGUUCCUGGUUCUUCCAGCCUGCUGCUCACCUCAUGUGGCCUGGGGCAGGUCCCUGCAUCCACAUUCUUGGCCCUCAUCUUCCUCCUUACAUAAAUGAGGGUAUGCGACUCAGUGAUCCAGAAGGUUCCUUCCUGCCCAGGUGCUCUUCAGUUUUGUAUUCCACACCCUACUCUAGAGAAAGGGGUGGGGAGGUGCUGGGAGGGGCAGGACCUUCUCCUGGUGGGCCCCAGGUAGCCAGGUGCCUCUGUGGUGAGGAGCAGGGCUAGGGUGCCCGCUGAAGCUGAGCUUCCACUUCUCCCCCCACACACACAGCCCCCUCCCCUGACCUAGGCGGGAGAUUCCAAACCAAACCAAUUGCUUGAGUCGGUUCCAAUUCAUGUGACCCCACGUGUUGUAGAGUAGAACUGCCCUCCACAGGAUUUUUUUGGCUGUACCCUUUUGGAAGCAGAUCACCUGGCCUUUCUUCUGAGGCACCUCUGGGUGGGUUCAAACUGCCAACAUUUCGGUUAGUAGUCGAAUGCUUAAUUGUUUGCACUAUGUGGGAGAAAAGACCUGUGUAGGAGGUCAGGUGGGAUAGUGACAAGUUUCCAGUACACAACCUGCUGGCACUAAUUAGGUUCUGUAAAGGUUUUUGCUGGGUACUGUUGAGUUGAUUCUGGCUCCUAGCUACCCCAUGUGACAGAUUUCCCUAGGCUGUAAUAUUUAUGGGAGCAGAUCACCAGGUCUUUUCUCCCACGUAGCCACUGGUGGGUUUGAACCACUGACCUUUCGGUUUGCAGCCUAGUGCUUAACCACUAUAAGCAGUAGCUGGUAUUAUUAUCCUUACUAUCAUUGAGUUUAAGUUCUUAUGGUUGUUAUUGUGGGAUUGGCUGUCCAGUGCCUGCGGGUGUUCCCUGGGAGGAGCACUGUGGCUGGUGUCCUCUCCUGUGCUGGUGUCUUAGCCCCAGGCCUGCUUGAGAAUCAAGAGGUCAGCCAGGGCAGCCGGAGGGCCUGGGCAGGUGGGGGGCCCUGGUGUCUCACAGGAGCGGGACUCUGCUGGCUUGGCUGAGCCACAGUGCCCAUCUGCACAGGGGCGGCCCAGCCCUCUGGUGUUGGCUGGGAGACCUCCGUGCUGAGGAGCGUGUGUUCUCCAAACAUCUUGUUCACAGCAGAUGGCAGCCACACACCCUUUCUCCCUGCAGUUCCGGUUGCACUUCCCUUCCCUUUGCUAGCCCCUCCUCUUAACUUUGGGUUCUGCUUUUGGAGCUAGGAGACAGCCUGUGAACCCCCAGAGCCUCCUCAGACUGUAGGUGAAGCUUCGGGCUUGGGUGCCUGGACAGUUUCCAAAGGGGAGGGAGCCCAGAGACCCACCUCCCUCGGUGGGGAUGCUCAGUCUUGCCCUGAUUCCCACGUGCGCGUGCUCUCUAGGUCUCUUUGGCCAAAUGUACCAGUAGUGUGGUCUGAGAGCUGGGUCCUGGGCUGCAUGGGCAUUUUUUGAGCAGGUGCUAAGUGCUGCACUGGGUGCUAAGGAGGUACAGGGGGUAUAUCCUUGCUCUCCAGGAGCGUCCAGGAAUGGAGGGGACACCAUCAGCUCUGCCUCUGGGUUGGCAGGCUUCCGAGAGCUUCAAAGAAGAGGUGGAAGGCUAGAGCGUUCCCAGGAGAUGGAGAUUGGAAAGGCAUCCUGGGCAAAGGGAACAGCCUGUAGCAAAGGGCACAUGUUCUCGCCCACACCUCCUCUCUCUGUGGAAUCAAGGGCCGCUGCACGAUUGAAGUUGACCAGCCCAGGACUUGGGCCACAGAUGGUGCUCAGCUGAGGUCAGACGUAUUCUCUCCUUCAGACUCAACUUCCAGCCCAACUCUGGGCUCAGUGAUGCCAGUCUCCUCAGACACACGUUUUCCCUGGAGCCAUCACCCGGGAGAGGAGGACCUGUCGCCUGCCCCUGGACCAGGUGCCAUGAGGUGAGUGCCAGGCCCGCUGAGCCUCUGCAGAGCUGCCAGCCAUGCCCGGGAUUGUGGUGUUCCGGCGGCGCUGGUCUGUGGGCAGCGAUGACCUCGUCCUGCCAGCCGUCUUCCUCUUCCUUCUGCACACCACCUGGUUUGUGAUCCUGUCUGUGGUGCUCUUCGGCCUGGUCUACAGCCCACACGAGGCCUGCUCGCUGAACCUGGUGGACCACGGCCGUGGCUACCUGGGCAUCCUGCUGAGCUGCAUGAUUGCAGAGAUGGCCAUCAUCUGGCUGAGCAUGCGUGGGGGCAUCCUCUACACAGAGCCCCGUGACUCCAUGCAGUAUGUGCUCUACGUGCGCCUGGCCAUCCUGGUGAUCGAGUUCAUCUAUGCCAUCGUGGGCAUCGUUUGGCUCACUCAGUACUACACCUCCUGCAAUGACCUCACUGCCAAGAACGUCACCCUCGGGAUGGUCGUCUGCAACUGGGUGGUCAUCCUCAGUGUCUGCAUCACUGUCCUCUGCGUCUUUGACCCCACGGGCCGCACCUUCGUCAAGCUGAGAGCCACCAAGAGGAGGCAGCGCAACCUGCGGACCUACAACCUGCGGCACCGCUUAGAGGAGGGUCAGGCCACCAGCUGGUCACGCCGGCUCAAAGUAGUCCUGUGCUGCACGAGGACAAAGGACUCCCAGUCAGAUGCCUACUCGGAAAUAGCCUACCUCUUUGCCGAGUUCUUCCGGGACCUUGACAUUGUGCCGUCCGACAUCAUUGCCGGCCUGGUGCUCCUCCGGCAGAGGCAGCGGGCCAAGCGUAAUGCCGUUCUGGAUGAGGCGAACAACGACAUCCUGGCCUUCCUUUCUGGGAUGCCUGUGACCAGAAACACCAAGUACCUCGAUCUCAAAAAUUCGCAAGAGAUGCUCCGCUACAAAGAGGUCUGUUACUACAUGCUCUUCGCCCUGGCCGCCUACGGCUGGCCCAUGUACCUGAUGCGGAAGCCGGCCUGCGGCCUCUGCCAGCUGGCGCGUUCCUGCUCGUGCUGCCUGUGCCCUGCACGGCCCCGGUUUGCCCCUGGAGUCACCAUCGAGGAAGACAACUGCUGCGGCUGCAACGCCAUCGCCAUUCGGCGCCACUUCCUGGACGAGAACAUGACUGCAGUGGACAUUGUCUAUACCUCCUGCCACGACGCGGUCUACGAAACCCCCUUCUACGUGGCGGUGGACCACGACAAGAAGAAAGUGGUGAUCAGCAUCCGGGGAACCCUGUCCCCUAAGGACGCACUGACCGACCUGACCGGUGAUGCUGAGCGCCUCCCUGUGGAGGGGCACCAUGGGACGUGGCUGGGACACAAGGGCAUGGUCCUCUCGGCUGAGUACAUCAAGAAGAAGCUGGAGCAGGAGAUGGUCCUGUCCCAGGCCUUCGGGCGGGACCUGGGCCGCGGAACCAAACACUACGGCCUGAUUGUGGUGGGCCACUCCCUGGGCGCAGGGACCGCUGCCAUCCUCUCCUUCCUCCUGCGCCCACAGUACCCGACCCUCAAGUGCUUUGCCUACUCCCCACCAGGGGGCCUGCUGAGUGAGGAUGCGAUGGAGUACUCCAAGGAAUUUGUGACUGCCGUGGUCCUCGGCAAGGACCUCGUCCCCAGGAUCGGCCUCUCCCAGCUGGAGGGUUUCCGCAGACAACUCCUGGACGUCCUGCAGCGAAGCACCAAGCCCAAAUGGCGAAUCAUCGUGGGGGCCACCAAGUGCAUCCCCAAGUCGGAGCUGCCUGAGGAGGUGGAGGUGACCACCCUGUCCAGCACGCGGCUCUGGACGCAUCCCAGUGACCUGACCAUCGCUCUGUCUGCCAGCACCCCGCUCUACCCGCCUGGCCGCAUCAUCCACGUGGUCCACAACCACCCUGCUGAGCAGUGCUGCUGCUGUGAACAGGAGGAUCCUACAUACUUUGCCAUCUGGGGUGACAACAAGGCCUUCAAUGAGGUGAUCAUCUCGCCAGCCAUGCUGCAUGAGCACCUCCCCUACGUGGUCAUGGAGGGGCUGAACAAGGUGCUGGAGAACUACAACAAGGGGAAGACGGCCCUGCUGUCUGCUGCCAAGGUCAUGGUGAGCCCCACGGAAGUGGACCUGACGCCUGAGCUCAUCUUCCAGCAGCAGCCACUGCCCACCGGGCCACCCUUGCCUGUCGGUCUGGCACUUGAGCUUCCGCCCACAGAUCGCCGCAACAGCAGCGUCAGGAGCAAGUCGCAGUCUGAGAUGAGCCUGGAGGGCUUCUCAGAGGGCCGGCUGUUGUCCCCUGUGGCCGCAGCAGCAGCGGCCCGCCAGGACCCUGUGGAGCUGCUGCUGCUGUCCACCCAGGAGCGGCUGGCGGCGGAGCUGCAGGCUCGGCGGGCGCCGCUGGCCACCAUGGAGAGCCUGUCGGACACGGAGUCACUGUACAGCUUCGACUCACGCCGCUCCUCCGGCUUCCGCAGCAUCCGUGGCUCCCCCAGCCUGCAUGCCGUGUUGGAACGUGACGAGGGUCAUCUCUUCUACAUCGACCCCGCUAUCCCUGAGGAGAACCCAUCCCUCAGCUCCCGAACGGAGCUGCUGGCAGCUGACAGCCUGUCCAAACAUUCACAGGACACGCAGCCUCUGGAGGCGGCCCUGGGCAGCGGAGGCGCCUCACCUGAGCGGCCCCCCAGCGCAGGAGCCCAGGGCGAGGAGGAAGAGGGGGACAGUGGGACGGCCCCCCACGGAGAGCUGGCAUUGCACAAUGGGCGCCUGGGGGACUCGCCCAGCCCGCAAGUACUGGAGUUUGCUGAGUUUAUUGACAGCCUCUUCAACCUGGACAGCGAGAGCAGCUCCUUCCAGGACCUGUACUGUAUGGUGGUGCCUGAGAGCCCCACCAGCGAUUACACUGAGGGCCCCAAGUCCCCUAGCCAGCAGGAGAUCCUGCUCCGAGCCCAGUUCGAGCCCAACCUGGUGCCCAAGCCCCCAAGGCUCUUCGCCGGCUCAGGCGACCCCUCCUCGGGCAUCUCACUCUCACCCUCCUUCCCACUCAGCUCCUCUGGCGAACUCAUGGACCUGACGCCUACAGGCCUCAGCAGCCAGGAGUGCCUGGCGACCGACAAAAUCCGGACUUCUACCCCCACUGGCCGAGGGGCCAGCCCUGCCAAGCAGGAUGACCUGGUCAUCUCGGCACGCUAGCACACAGAAGCAGCUGCCAUCUGGGGCCCAGGCUGGAACAGGUGGCCCCAUGGGUACCUGGAGACUGCCCCCAGGGCGGGCAGCUUUGAGGAGAGGCCCCUCAGGGCCAGUGUUGCCUCAGGCGCGGGGAAUUGCUGCUGAGCCGGGGGUCCGCAUCCCUACCUCAGCUUAGGACCCCCAGAGCCAAGGCGAGGGGACCCGAGUCCUCCAGAUGGGAGUGAUGGAGGAGGGGGUGGAGCAGGAAGAGCCUGAGGCAGCCAGCCAGAGUGGGCAGGGCAGCACUCAGCCCUCUCAGCCCGACUGCCCCCCACGGGGGCACCUUGGCAACCCUAUUUCAGGACAGGCAGGGGGCAAGCUGAUGCCCCGUUGCUGCCCACCUGGGGCUGAGGUGGAAGGAGAACAGCCCCUUCCCACAUACUCUCAUCCAAGCUCCAGGCUGCCAUCUGCCCUGACCACCCCCCAGAUCUGGAGCCUGCUGGCCAGCCCCUGAGUGACCCCCCUCUAAGGUGGCCCGCAGUGCUGUGUAUGUUUACAGAAGCUGCCGGGCUUGGCUCAGGAUGUGUCCUGGGUUUGCAAGCCCCCUAUCCCAAAUCAUGUGUUCAGCACCCUCCUCUGAACAGGGCCAGAAUCAUGGGGCCCAAGGCAGACCUGGGGCCUGGAGGAGGGUGGGCUCAGGACCGCCCCUUCUCUGUGGGUGCCUCUCCUGCUGCACCUCUGUGGAUGGGUCCUGGGUACCCGACCUGCCCAGUCUGCCCGCUGCUUCCCGGCUCACCUUCUGCCCCCGGAGAGCCUGGACACUCGCAGGGUGGAAGAUACUGGUGUGACUACCCCUGGCUGCAUAGGAAGAGGAGGGCCCCACCCAACACUUUUGUGUCAUUCCCAUGCCCAGGCAGCCCCCAGCCCUGGGAUCUGAAACCAAACACACCUGUCCCCUCACUCUGCCUGCUCACUGGCCUGGGGUCCCUCCUGGGAGCAGGGCUUUCUCCCUUCCCACCCCCAACAUCCUCCUGUUGUCAGGGAGUAGGGCCAGGAGUGGGGUGUCGUGCAACCUGGCCAGAGACUCUCUGCCCCCUGCCCAGGGGAGGGGUUGGGGGCUCUGGGGCCUCCACAGCCCUCAUGUGAGGCGUUCCUUCCCUGCUGGGUCUGGGAAGCCUUUGGGGAGGUAGAGACCUGGCCUUGCCCCAAAAGCAGGGGUGGGGGAGCCGUGCAUGUGAGUGUGGGGCCUGUGUGUGCAUGUGCAUGUGUGCAUAUGCAUGUGUGUACCAUCCCAGCAGAAGGCGCCCUGGGCCCACCGCCUCCCUGCCCACUGCCUGCCCAGCCUGCACAGAGACAGACGGUGAGCACGGGAGGCAGGGCCCUGAGAACCGGCCCUAGGCAGAUCAGGACAACCUCAGUUUCAGAUAUUGUGCGUUCCCUGGUUGAGCCUGCUACUCUGACAUCUGGCUCAUGUGCCGAGGCAUGGAGCACCUACUGUGCCUUCCUUUCCUCAGAGGCACAGUCCCCCCACUCCAGCCCCCGCACCUAGCCUCCCUGGGGCUGCAGGGUUCCCCUAGCCAAGCCCCCCAUCUCAUAAUCACUGGCAUCUGGGGGUCUGAACCCUCACACACAUAUCCCCCUCUACCCACCCUCCAUGCAGCUGGGACUGGCCCAGAGGGCUGCCCUGGGGCACCUACCCACCCUGACAGAUGGGGACAGAGACUUGGGAGCUGGGCCUCCCCUCACUCUCUGUGCCCCCACCCCUCACCAGUCCGCAGGGAUACCCUGUUGUCGGCCAAGCCUCAACCCAGCCCAUAAGGCGAAAUCAGUGGCUUGUAGAGUUUAAAAAACCAGACAAAACCUUAAAUCCAAAUCAAGUUCUAACAAGCACCCUGGCCAAUAGCAAGGAGAGACUUGGGGUCUGGCCUUUUAAUUUGUCCUCAGCCAGGGCAGUUCCUGGGGCCUCUCAGGUGGGUGUGGAGACCACUCACACCCAGGACUGAGCCAUCAGGGACAAACCCCCCACCCCCAAGACUGCAGCCACACAGUGUUUCAGGCUUGGGGCUGGGGCAGGCUCGGACUCAGCCCUGGACGCCCCAGGGUGGACCCGCCCCCAGGCCCUACCUGCCCCUUCCCUACCCCGCCCCCGCAGGACGGGCCUGCUGCACGUCUCCCCUUUUCCCUACACCGCACCUGGGGGGUCUGAGCCACCCCCCCCAGCCCAGCUCAGCUCAGACCGACCCCCACACCCCUACGCAUCCCCCAGGCCCGCAGCACAAGCGCACCCAGCCGCGCUCUGGCCUGCCCUCCCAGGGCCUGGACAGCCUCCAUAUGCAAUCGGAAGCGGAGCGGCCAGGCCCCAGACCCAUGCACUCUCGAUGUGCCAUUCUCCCGUGACUUUUUUGUACUUCAUGUAUGAAAGAUCCAAACUAAUAAUGCUGUAAAAAGAAGAGACAAAUUAAUAUAGCUUAUUCUAUAAAUAUAUCUGUAUAUAGAGGUUUCUGUAUAUUGUAUAGAGCUGUGUAUAAACUGGAUGUAGGCGCACGCUGACGGCCUUGAGUGAC